ACUCAUCUUAAAGCUUGGAGUUUUUGGUGGAUAUGGGGGUUCCAGGGAAGCCUCAAGUGGAUGGAGGUGAAGUGUUGGAAUCCGAUGCCAAAAAAUGGGUCAUUGCUGGCAUCUCUUUACGAGCUCCAUUGAAGUCUAUUUACACUAAUCCAGUUGAUCAUCACAAAGAUACUGAAACCACCAUUACUGAUAAAGAAGAAGACCAAGAAUCAUGUUCCACUUCCACCACUCCAACUGGACGGGAAGCCGGAAUCCCGACGUCGUUGACAUGUCCACCGCCUCCGAUGAAGAGAAAACCUUCUUUGAAGUUUAAUUUCGGAAGUGCUAGAGAGUUCUUCACUCCACCGGAUUUGGACACCUUCUUCAUACGCCAUGUUUAAAGAGUUAAACAAAUUGCAUAAAUGCUCUCUACCUCUCUUGUA